CCUCAGUCCUCCGACUCGUCAGUCGUCUUAUGCUCAGACUCGUCUUGUGGCCAAUAGUCGCUGGUCAGAGAGACAACUCAUUCCGGAUCGAUAAAUCUGGGGAUAUCGAGGGUCCGCGACAAUCCGGGGAAGCCGACCAGAAGUUACUAUCUACCCCACAUCUCAUCAUCCCAUUGCCAUCGUCCCUUCCAGCUUGCUGCAAGUCUGCCACACUGCUUAAACAGUCAACUAAGCUCGGGAACUUGUGUCAAGAGCCAAUGACCGCCAUCGGACCGGAAUGGUCUGACUUUUAAGGCUUGCGAACGGGCCCAGCUUCUAGAAGAAUUACUCUAAACUUUGCCCCCCCGUGGACUCUGCAAUACGAACCAAGGCGCUCGUCCUAUAUAAAAGCCGCGCAUUCCUGCGGCCACGUGCCCUUCCCUUCUUUUCCGUCGACCGGCCUGGCCUUGCCUGGCAAUUCCAACACCGAUAUCAGUUAUUGGCUCAUCACAAACCAUGGAGAUCGAGAAGUCAGCCAGGAUCGAACAUGUGGAGGAGGAAACUGGCUCACGCAGGUCCCAUCCCCAGCCUGCGAGCCACCAGGACCUCGUUGCCAGCAGUGAGGCACAGGCGGCCCUCGACAAGGAACACAGCAUGACACUGUGGCAGGCACUGAAGAUCUACCCCAAGGCCGUGGGUUGGUCUAUUCUUCUGUCGUGCGCCAUCAUCAUGGAGGGCUACGAUGUUGUCUUGAUCGGUUCUUUCUUCGCUUACCCCCAGUUCAACCAGAAGUACGGCCAUAUCAUGUCGGACGGAAACUACGGUCUCGAUGCCAAGUGGCAAGCGGCCUUGACCAACUCGAUGAGCUGCGGCCAGAUUAUCGGCCUGUUCAUCAACGGCAUCGUCUCAGAACGCUUCGGGUACCGGCGGACCCUCAUGGCUUGCCUGGCCGCGACUGUCGGGUUUGUUUUUAUUUUAUUCUUCGCGCCAAACAUACAGACCCUCGUUGCCGGCGAACUGCUCAUGGGUAUCCCCCUCGGCGUGUACCAGACCCUCACCGUCACCUAUGCAUCGGAAGUAUGCCCUGUCGCUAUUCGCGGCUACCUCACCACCUACGUGAACCUGUGCUGGGUCCUAGGCCAACUGAUUGCCUCCGGUGUCCUGAAGGGGCUAGAGGGGCGCACGGACGAGUGGGCCUACCGCAUCCCCUUCGCCAUUCAAUGGGUGUGGCCCGUCCCCAUUUUCAUCGGCGUCUUCCUCGCCCCAGAGAGUCCCUGGUGGCUCAUCCGCAAGGACCGCCGAGACGACGCCGUCAAAGCGCUUAACCGGCUGGCCAUCGCCGGACACCCUGACUUCAAUGCCGAGGAGACCGCAUCGAUGAUCGUCUACACCAACGCGCUGGAGAAACAGGUCGAGACAGGCACAUCCUACGUGGACUGCUUCCGCGGAUGCGACCUGCGCCGCACCGAGAUCUCGUGUCUCGUCUGGGCCGCGCAGAGCCUCUGCGGCGGUGGGCUCAUGGGCUACUCGACCUUCUUCUACCGGCGUGCUGGCCUCGCCGUCUCCCAAUCCUUCACCAUGUCGCUCGUCCAGUACGCCAUCGGCGUGGUGGGUACUUUUCUCUCCUGGGUGUUGAUGACCUACUUCGGUCGUCGCCCGUUAUAUGUCGGCGGACUGGCUCUGCUCGCCAUCGUUCUCUUUGUCAUCGGCUUCAUCUCCAUCCCUCACUCCACCUCCGCCCUCUCCUGGGCCACCGGGUCCAUGCUCCUCGUCUACACCUUCAUCUACGAUUCAACCAUUGGCCCCGUCUGCUUCUCUCUCGUCUCUGAAAUCCCCUCCACCAGACUCCGCACCAAGACCGUGGUGCUCGCUCGAAACCUGUACAACGUGAUCAAUCUCGUCUCGGGAAUCAUCAUCCCGUACAUGCUCAACGUGGACGCAUGGAACUGGAGAGGCAAGUCGGGGUUCUUCUGGGGCUCGCUCUGCACCUGCUGUUUGAUCUGGGCGUUCUUCCGCAUCCCCGAGCCCAAGGGUCGGUCCUAUGCCGAGUUGGAUAUCCUGUUUGAGCGCAGGGUCCGCACCAGGAAGUUUGCCACUGCUGAGACGGGCUUGGUGGAGGGAAGAAGCGAUCACAAGGUUGAUCCGCUUGCUGUUAGCGUUUGAUUACGAACGGUUGAUUUGUGUAUAUGAUCAUGGCUUCAGAAAUAUGGAUGGACAUAUUGUCUAUUGUGUGAAUAGUGUAUGUAAUCUACUCAAUCCACAAUCCACAAUCCAC